AUGGUCUUGUGGCAGGAUACCGUGCCUCUGGUGAUUACCAACAACUGCGGGGACACGAUAUGGCCAGGCAUUUUCACAACGGCUGGGACAGGCCCUGGGACGGGUGGCUUCGAGCUGGCAGCAGGCGCCAGCCGGUCGCUUGAGGUUGGGUCAGACUGGUUUGGGAGGAUAUGGGGACGGACAAAUUGCACAUCACCAGCAGAAGGCGUCUUGACAUGCACAACCGGUAGCUGUGGGCAGAUGGACUGCGCACAAGCAGCAGGUAACCCCCCAGCCACGUUGGCCGAGAUUCUCCUCAAGGGCGGAGUGGGCAACAACCAGAACUUUGUCGACAUCAGCAUCGUUGACGGCUACAACCUGCCCCUGGCGAUGGAGUACCAGCCCAACCCCAACGGCCAGCAGCCGCCUCCCAACCUGGUCAACCCAGCCUGCAUCGCAACGGCAGGCUACCUUGGGCCACCCAGCCGCACCGGCACCGUCUUCACCAACGAGACGUACCCCAUGCCGUACGAGAGCAAGCAGACCUCAGACAAGGUCGGCCACUGGUGCCCCUGGAACCUACAGAUCCUCGACCCGCCCAAGCUGGGCGAGGGCAUCUACCCCUACCCGGACGACAACACCCCUCGGCCCGUCUUCGACCCGUGCCUCAGCUCCUGCAAGAAGACAAACAGCGCAAAGGACUGCUGCGACGGCGAGUACAACGACCCGGACAAGUGCCCCCGCAGCCUCUACGCACGCCACGCCAAGCGCGUGUGCCCGGACGCCUACAGCUUCCCCUACGACGACCAGGCCUCGACCUUUGUCAUCCCCGGCGGCGGCGGCUGGGGCGUCACGUUCUGCCCUGCCGGCCGGAGCACCGAUAUCCUCCGCACCUUUGGCGCCCAGAUCAGCCAGUGGGCCGCUUCCGGAGACAUGUCCGAGGACAUCCUGCAGGCUGCGCGGAACGUCUCCUUCAUCGAGGCCCAGGGCGGCGCCGCCGGUGGUCGGGCGGCGGGCGGCAGCUUCAUGGGCAGGGUUUUCAUCGCGGUCGUUGUUUCCCUGGCCGUCAAUGCGGUGUUUUAA